AUGCAAACUCAGGCGUCAGUCGCCAGACAAACUCGCUUUUAUAAUGUCCAAGCACGUUAUCAGAUGGGACCUUUAUUUGUCUGUCCGCAUCUUGAUCUCGUUGAUAUCGCAUAUCAUGAGAACUACCGGCUGGCACGAACGUGUACCGUGUGCUUCACGAGAGUGUCCUACUACACGGGCGACGACCCCGAUAUUGAAAUAAACGUUUCGCGAGAUUUAGGAAUUCUCAAUAAACCUGUAGAUACCAUCUGGCGCGUAACUGCUUGCCCAAGCGGCCAUCGUGAGCUCCGGCUCUGGUAUAAGUAUAAGUAUAAUGGCGAGAAAAUUAACAACGAGCCUUUUGAGCCAACGUCGGAAGCUUUUGCGCGAUGGUAUGGUAGUGAUGGUGCAGUGGAUAGAUUCACGUGGAGGUUCGAAGCAAAGAGGAAAGUCACUGGAUUGAACUACGAGCUUUUGGACGAUAAGAACCCCAAAGAUCUAUGGAUAGAAUGA